AUGAGCAGAAAUGCCAUAACGAGAUUGAAGGGUUUGGUUGGUUGGUUGGCUUGUGCUGUGCCUUGCUUGACGAUUCAGCGCAGAAGCAACCCUUGAUUGUGGGAGCUGCUCGGUGCCACAUCCCUUGAUUGUUGUUCCUUGAUCAAGAUCCGAGAACCGUUUUUUAGGGUUUGGUUUGUAAGGUGGGAAGGAAUGGAUCCGAGUCCUGUACCUUCCGCAGCGGGUGAAAUGAUCUUCCUAAAAAAAAGAUUAUAUUUCUCCAAGCUUGGGGGUGUGAUGCGUUCGUGUGAGGGUUUGCUCGUUUCCUUCCAAGUGCAGGCUCCAAGUUAACAAUCUCCUUGGCGGCCUGUUGGACGUAGCAUCUUGCUGAUCGUUGAUGCCCUUGGGUGGGUUGGCGAAUGCCAGCAACGUCUCACCCUUCACAUUUUUUGAAACGAGUAGUCUCCAGCAACCGCCCUCGUAGCCCCUAUAGUACGGAAUCUAUGCGGAAAUCUGCUCAGGGGCCGUUCGUCUCUAGCCAGGCGUCGGCGUUGCUUCAAGGUAGAUCGGCUGCUGGUUAGAUCGUCCAUUCGAUGUAAGGCAACAGUCAGCAACCCUUGACAGCUUAUUUCUGGCUCGACGUUUUGAGUAUUUGUUUGGUUUCGAGGGGUUGGUCGGGCCAUCGUUCGCAAGGUAGUACGUUCAUGCCGCUUCACGCCGGGACUGGGAACGGCGGAUUUCAUUCGGAUGCGUCGCUGAAGUGACUGAAUUCGCUGAGGUGGCUCCGCAGACCAACACGCGCAGCCCUUCCGACCAACUGCUGCUGCUGGCGAUCAGGUUUAGCAUACUGCGGCAUUGCUCUCGGGCUGUCCGCCGCUCCGAGAAGUCACCGCGCGCAGAGCAGAGCCGCUGAUGGUGUUACUUCUGGAAAGCCGGCCUUGGGCCUCUCGAGGCUGGAUCGGAGAACGAAACGAACUGCUUUUUAGAAUCUCACCAAUUGACCUCCGAGACGGCCCAUCCUAGUCGUCUCUCGCAGCCGAUCGAGGGCCCGCGGCGGGCCUUCUGGCGGGCUCCAAUCGCGCCUGCGGAGCACAUGCCUUCUUCCCGAUCGCCCACGCCGCCGUCCGCCACUUCCCCCACCCGUCUUGCCGACGCCUCCUCCCCGCCCAUCCCCGCCCGCAGCCCCUCUUCCCUCCGGCCCCCCACGCUUCUGGCUCCCCCCCCCACUGAUUUGGUGCCUCCAUCCGCGGGCCUGCCCCUUCCCCCGCCAACCACGCUGCUCCCGUCCCUCCGCGCUUUCCUCGGUCCGUCCUUCGCCAAGUCCCCCUCCCCCCCGUCCCCUCCUUCCCCCCCCUCCGACGAACCCCAAUGUCCCCCCGCCGGCCCCCAUGUCAGCGCGGCCCCCUUGGUUUCCGCCACCCCCGCGAUCUCCCCCGCGCUGCUCCCUUCCGCUCCGCCGCCCGGCCCCCCCGCGCGCCGCAUUAGCCCGCCGCUCCCCCGCCGGAUGCGCAGCAUCAGCCACGUAGCUCCGCGCGAGGGGUCGCUGUCGCGGCAGCUGCUGCGGCAGCACGUGCAGCGCGAGCAGCAGCGCAGCAAGUGCGCGCGGCAGCAGCAGCAGGAGGUGCUGCUCAGCCAGUGGCGCCGCCAGCAGCAGCACGACCUCGCGGCUGCCGCCGCUGCCGCCACAGCUUCUGCUUCCGCUUUGGCUUCCGCUUCCACUUCCGCUUCCGCCUCCGCCUCCGCGUUCCCCUCUGCCACAGCUGCAGCGUUCGCGGGCGCAAGUGCGGGGGAAAGAGAGGCGGCAAGGGGAGCAGAGGGUCAGCGGGGAUUUACGUUCGUCGGGCGGCGAUCGUCGCCAGUGGGGGAGGGUAGGCCUGACGCUCUGGGUAGGGCUAGGACUGACGCACCUGACGCACCUGACGCACCUGACGGGACACCCGAGGCGGCACCUGACGCAUCAGACGCACUUGACGCACCUAUGGAAACGGAUCGGUCACAGCAACACGCGCAAGAGCCUCAACAGGGGGAAGAGCGCACCCGCGCAGGCCUGAUGCCCCCGCCAGCGGCGCCCUCCGUCAGGGCGGAGGGGGCCAUGGCGCAGGAGCGCGUGAGGUUGAUGGGCGCAGUGCUGCGGACUGCGCCUGGCGCGCACGCAGCGGGCGCAGGGGCGGUAGGCGGGAGAGAAAGAACUGGAGCAGUGAGAUCCGCGGAUGGGGGUAGUGAGGGGAACGCGCACGGGCAGCUGUUUCCGGCGGGUGAAGGCGAGGGUUCGGGGGAAGGGGCGGACGACAACGAGGGGCGCAGAAAGCGCGCAAAGACGGAGCGGCAGUGGGGAGAGGGCGCUGCAGGCGCGGCGGAUGAGAGAGUGUUCGGCGGGGCAUGGCAGGGGGGACGGGGGAGAAGAGGGACGGGCGCGGAGGGGUUGGCGGAACGGCAGUAUGAAGGGCACGGGGGCGGGCACGGAUGGGAGGGGGAGGAAGCGCGGGAGCUGGCGCAGGAGCAGGCGGGCGAUGAGGGGCAAGGGGAACAAGGGGAGCCAGGGGCGGAGGCGGAGGCGGAGGCGGAGGCGGAGGAGCAGGAGCAGGAGCAGGAGCAGGAGCAGGAGCAGGAGCAGGAGGAGCAGGAGGAGGGGGUGCAGGAGCAAGGGGUGCAGGAGGAGGGGGUACAGGAGCAGGGGGUGCAGGAGCAGGGGGUGCAGGAGCAGGGGGUGCAGGAGCAGGGGGUGCAAGGGAACGAGCAGGAGGGGCAAGAUGCGAGCAUCCGGCAGCGGCUGCUGCAGCAGCACAGGCAGAUGCUAGCGGCGGCGCAGCACUCCCUGCUCAUGCGCGGGGACGGGGAGGGCGCGGAGUGGGGUGCGGGCGGAGUGGAUCUCCUGCAGCAGCAGCGGCAGCUGCAGCGCCAGUACCUGCGCCUGCUGCAGCGGGACAUGCGCGCGCAACUCAGCAGGGGGGGGGCGGGGGGCGGCAGGGGGAGGGGCGGAGCGUUGGGGGCGGACGGGCGGGCGGCUGUAGCAGGCGCGGGAGGCGUGGGAGGACAGGAGAGGCUGUGGGCGGUAGCUGGAGCGGCAGCUGGGCGGCGGGGGGAGCAGGGGGGGCUGGUGCCUGGCGCAAGGCUUGUGGCGCAGCAGGGGCAGCAGGGGCAGCAGGCAACAGAUGCUGCUGGUUGGGCAGCUUUUCCACCAGGCGGGAUAGCAGCAGCCGUAGGACCAGCAGUAGGACCAGCAGUAGGACCAGCAGUAGGACCAGCAGUAGGACCAGCAGUAGGACCAGCAGUAGGACCAGCAGUAGCAGGAGUAGCAGGAGUCGCAGGAGUAGCAGGAGUAGCAGGAGUAACAGCAGCAGCGCCAGUGCAUGCGGUACCUCCCACAGGCGGUAUGAGACGCGAGGCAGCGCAGGGUGGGGUGGCAGGGGGAAGGCGGCGGGAGGUGCUGGGGGAAGGGGCUAGGCACGGGGACGCAGGGCGGGCAGGCAGCGGCAUGGGCGAGGGGGGCUGCGAGGUUGGCGAGGAGGAGGGGGAGGAGGGGGAGGAGGGGGAGGAGGGGGAAGGAGAGGGGCGGGAUGGAGGGAGAGGGGGUAUGGGUGCAGAGGGGUGGGAUGACACAGCACCUGCGGGGUGGGGAGUAACAGUGGAGGGCCGGGCGGCUGCAGUGGUGGGUGGUGCAACGCCAUUGAUGCGCGCGCCUGGCCGGGCGGGGGAGGGAUGGUUUCACCCCGUUGUGCAGGCGGACAUCCGCCGCAGGGCGCAGGAAGGGAGCGCCGCUGCUGACGGUGGUGCUGGUGCUGCGGGUGGCGGUAGCGGUGGUAGCGGUGGUAGAGGGGAGGAGACAGGAGGAGCGGACAGGGUGGGUAGGGAGGGAGAAGCAGGGGGACAUGCCGCCCCUGCCGUGCCGUCUGAGCGCGUGCUAGUAACGGGGCCGUUCCUCUUCUCCACGCAGCAGCUCGCAAACCGCGCGGAGGAGGGGCUCCGCAGCAACUCCAACGUCUGUGCGCCGCCCGGGGCAGGGGGCAUGGGCGCAGGGGGCGCAGGGGGGCCGGAGCGCACGGGGAGCUCCCUGGACGAGACAGAGGAGUCGGAGGGCAGUGGGGGAGGGGCGGGGGAAGGGGGAGGGGGAGGGGGAGGGGGAGGGGGAGGGGGAAGGGUGCAGGAGACGGGGAGGCAGGAGAUGGGGAGACAGGGGGGGGGAGGGAGGGGAAGGACAGGGCAGGGGAGUCGGGUGGCGGUGGUGCGAGGGGCACGAGGGGGUGCGAGAGGGGGGAGAGGGGAAGGAAGGGAGAUGGCAGGCGGGCAGACGGAGCGAAGGCGAGUGGAGGGGGAGGAGGGAGUGCAGCUCGGUCCCAUACGAGGCAGCGAGGCACCCAGGGGUGGUGGCGGCGGUAGGGCGAGUGGUGCUGGCGGUGAUACCGCCACUGGCCAGGGCGGUGGGCCAACAAGGGCAGCAGGGGCAGCAGGGGCAGCAUCGAGACAAGCGCCAAUGACAGGCCUCAGGCCGCAACCACCACCGCCACAGCAGCGUUACGAACCAUCACCUCCGCCACAGCAGGCCCAGCAACAGCAUCACAGGCAACACCAUUGGACGGCAGAGGGAGCAGCAGCAGCAGGUGGGGACGUGGGCCGUGGUGGCAUGACAGGCCGCACCUGCCGCUGCUGCUGCUGCUGCUGCUGCACGGGGAGGGGGGGGGGUCGCGGCCCCUCUACCUGGCGCUCCACCCCCAUCCUUGCAUCAACCGACCUUCCGCCGCCACACGCCUCUGCCUCUUCCCCACACGCCAUCCGCGCCUCUCACCCCCGCCGCACCUCCGCCUGCAGUCCUUCACGCCCCGGCCCCUCCUCCCAUCCGCCCCGCGUCUAUUCCCCCCCCUGCCGCCCCCUUUCCCCCCUCUUCAUCCCCCCACCUCCUCCUGCGCUGCACCCGUCCGCCCCCGCCCCUCCCGCGCUGCUGUCGUUGCGGCGGUGGCUGAACCGCGCGGGCAGGGAGGUGGACCGCGUGGAGAGCCUCUUCCUCUUCGCCCAGGUCGUCGACAUGGUCGCUGCCGCCCACGCGCAGGGCCACGUGGUAAAGCACGUGCGGCCGGCCUGCUUUGUCCUGUCUGCCCAUAGACGUGUGGUCUACCACCCGCCGUUUCUGCGGCCGCUAGUGGGAGAGGUGGGGGAGGGGGAGGUUGGGGAGGGCGGAUCAGGUGGGCAGGGGCAGCAAGGGCAGCCAGAGGAGUGGCAACUUUGGGAACAGCAACAGCAGCAGCAGCAGCAGCAGCAGCAGCAGCAGCAGCAACAGCAACAGCAACAGCAGCAGCAGCAGCAGCAGCAGCAGCAGCAGCAGCAGCAGCAGCAGCAGCAGCAGCAGCAGCAGCAGCAGCAGCAACAGCAGCAGCAGCAGCAGCAGGGGCGGCAGCAGCAAGAGGAGGGGGAUGGGCCCAGAGGAGCCGUGGAGGGGGUGGGGUGGCAGGAGCAGCAGGCGGAGGCGUGGCAGCGCGCCAUGCUGCAGGACCAGGAGGAGGCGGGCGUGGAAGAGGAGGUGCGGUGGUACACGUCACCGGAGGAGGCACGGGGCGACGCUGUCAGCGCCGCAUCAGACGUGUUCAAGCUGGGGGUGCUCUUCUUCGAGCUCUUCUGCCCCUUCACCUCGCCCACGGAGCGCAGUGUGAUAAUGGCGGAUCUCUGCCACCGCAUUCUGCCGCCCCGCCUGCUCUCCCAGCGCCCCAAGGAGGCCGCCUUCUGCCUCUGGCUGCUGCACCCGCAGCCUGCUGCCCGCCCCACAGUCAGCGAGGUGCGCAACAGCCAGCUGCUGGCGGACGUGGCGAGCAUGUUCGCGCACAGGGGACGGCAGGCGGGGCUGGAGGCGCAGGAGGCGGAGUGCGAGGUGCUGCUGGCGUUUCUCACGCGCAUCCACCUCGCCAAGCAGGCCGCCGCGCAGAGGCUGGGGGUGGACCUGGGGCGGCUGACGGGGGACAUCCACGAGGUGCAUCGGAGACGGGCGGCAGUGCAUGCCGGCACGCGCGCACAUGCAGAUGGGCCUGGGCAUGGGCAUGGGCAUGGGCAUGGGCAUGGGUAUGGGUAUGGGCAUGGGCAUGGGCAUGGGCAUGGGCAUGGGUAUGGGUAUGGGCAUGGUCAUGUGCAUGAGCGCGCAUGGGGAGCAGGGGGGGCUACAGGGCAGCAGUGGCAGGCACAGCCGCUCAUGCUGCCGUCCCCAUCGGCACACUCACUGGAGCGAGGCGAGUCAGACAGAGAGGCUGGUAGAGGCGCUGGCUCUCCUACCCGGGGCAGAGAGUGGGGAGGACGGAUGGCCACAGAUGAAGUGGACGAGGCGUCAGCAGGGCAAAGUCACGGUGCCGCCACUGCUGCUGCCGGCGCUGCUCCUGCUGCUGCUGCGUCGGGCAUGAGUCGGCCACGGCUGUCCAGAAGGAGCGAGCGGUUACUGCAUAACUUUGACCGCCUGCAGGAGGUGUACUUUGCCAUGCGCUGGAGAGUGGACGCGGCAGAGGGAGCCGAGGGCGGGCAGGGCCGUGCUGCCCUGGGCGCUGCUGGUGCCUCUGUGCCCCCCUCCGAUGCUGCCGUGCCGCAUGGUGCGCUUGCUGUGCCGCUCACUGCAUCUCGUACUGCUGCUGAUGGCGGUGAGGCAGCCGGGGCAGCAGCAGGGGUGGGAGGAGGAGGGCAGAGAGAGGGCCAAGGCAGCGAGGAAGAGGCGGGGCGGUCCACGGCACCCCCGACCACCGUGUCUGCAGCCAUGGAGGCAGCAGCAGGCGCGGCAGGACGUGCAGCGUCAGCAUCAACAAUAGCAGCAGCAGGGAGGGAAGAAAGAGCUUUGGCAGUGCAGCAGCAGCAGCAGCAGCAGGGGGAGGAGAGGGGCGGCAGGGACCGGCUGGGCAGUUUCUUUGACUCGCUGUGCAAGUUUGCACGCUACUCGCACUUCGAGGUGCGCGCCACGCUGCGUCACGGCGACCUGCUCAAUGCCGCCUCCAUGGUCUGCUCCCUCGCCUUCGACCGCGACGCCGAGUUCUUUGCCACGGGCGGCGUGUGCCGCCGCAUCCGCAUCUUCGAGUGCGGCAGCGUGCUGGCGGGGCAGCGCGUGGACAUCCACUACCCCGUGGUGGAGAUGGCGUGCCGCGCCAAGCUCUCGUGCGUCACCUGGAAUGGGUACAUCAAGAACCGCCUCGCCUCGGCCGACUAUGAUGGGGUGGUGCAGCUGUGGGACGCGUGCACGGGCGCGGCGGUGAUGGAGUGGGGCGAGCACGAGAAGCGCGCGUGGAGCGUGGACUUCUCCCCCUGCGACCCCACCCGCCUCGCCAGUGGCAGCGACGACGGCUGCGUGAAGCUGUGGAGCAUCAACCAGGACACCAGCAUAGGAACCAUCCAGACCAAAGCUAACGUAUGCUCAGUGGCCUUCCCGCCCCACUCCUCGCACCUCAUCGCCCUCGGCUCUGCCGACUACUCGCUGUACUGCUACGACCUGCGCUCGCUGCGCGCGCCCCUGGCGGCGCUGGCGGGGCACAGCAAGGCCGUGAGCUACGUGAAAUUCGUCGACGCCUCGUCCCUCGUGUCCGCCUCCACCGACAACACGCUCAAGCUGUGGGACCUCACCCGCGCCACCACCCAGCAGCAGGGGGUGGCCGAGGUUGAGGGGGCGGAGGGGUCGUCUGCUUGCUCGCGGACGUUCACCGGGCACACCAAUGAGAAGAACUUUGUGGGUCUCACUGUUGCCGACGGCUACAUCGCAUGCGGCUCUGAAACCAACGAGGUAUACGCAUUCCACAAGUCCCUGCCCAUGCCCAUGGCGUCGCACCGCUUUGGCGGGGUGGACCCUGUGACCGGGGCGGACACGGAGGACGAUGCGGGGCAGUUCGUUUCCAGUGUGUGCUGGCGGGGCGCGUCGCAGACGCUGGUGGCAGCCAACUCCACGGGGAACAUCAAGCUGCUCGAGAUGGAAGGGUGUGACUGGGGUAGCCGGACCUGGGGGUUGACGAGGUGGGAUGACGCACAGCCGCUGGUUGCUGCCAGCUCCACAGGCAUUAUCAAGCUGCUGGAUAUCGUGUGCCUGAUGCUUGCCCUGCUGCACUCCUCCAAUUGAUUGUUGUAAAUUGACUCCAGCCUUAGGGGCCUCCCGCCCAUUGAUUUCCCGGUACCGUAUCUACCGGUACUUGGAUUUGAGUUGCGUGUUGUAGGUGAAGACGUGCUCUGGAAUGUAGUAAAGUAUUAUGUAAUAUUGUGGUGUCGCAUUAAGCAUUUAUGUUACUG